UUACAUAUUUGUUGGCUCCCGCCGUCGUUAGAGCAGCUUCCUCCGGAUAAAUCGUACCGGUUAGUCUCGCUGGGUGUCCUGCAUCAUGUUCAGAGCCGCCGUCCGACUCUCGGUCUCCGGUGUCCGGAGUUUAACCCGCACACAACCAAGAUGCCAAGCUCUUCUGGCAUCAAGGUGUUACUCACAUGGGAAACAAGAGACAGAUGAAGAGUUUGAUGCCCGCUGGGUGACAUAUUUCAACAAGGCCGACAUCGAUGCGUGGGAGCUGAGAAAAGGGAUGAACACAUUGAUUGGGUAUGACCUUGUACCCGAACCAAAGAUUCUUGAGGCUGCACUGAAAGCCUGCCGGAGAUUAAACGACUUGGCCAGCGCGAUCCGCAUCUUGGAGGCAGUGAAGGACAAAGCUGGGCCUCAUAAAGACAUCUACCCAUACGUGAUCCAGGAACUGCGGCCAACGUUAAACGAGCUUGGCAUAUCUACACCUGAAGAGCUUGGACUUGAUAAAGUGUAACUCGAUCUGAAGAUGGAGGACGUAUGCAGGACAUUGAGCCCGUGUAUUUAAAUGUUUGCCUCAUCAAGCACGUUUUAAUUAAAUUUGGCCUUUUAUUAGGUUCUUUUGCUUGUAAAAUAUGGAUAAAUAUACUAUCUUUGUGUGUCAUAACAUACUGGAAUUUUAUUUUUUUUGUUCGUUGGGAGUUCAAGAACCUGUCUGGCAAUACUUAAAUACAAGUUGCUCUAGAUCAGAGCAUUACCAAAUGAUUGAUGCACACCAUAUAAAUGCUUGUGAACAUCUUGCCACCAGAGGGCAGCAGUGUCACAUGAAUGUGAGGAUUCAUUUUACUGUAUUGAGUCUGCUUCACAUCUGUUUCAGGGAAAAUUUAUUUGCGGUUUGAAUAAAAUUCAUCAAAAAGGAAA